CACCAGGAAAAUGGUGGCCACCAGGCGAGCAACGCGGCGGAGUGAAUCGGAGGCGGGAAGCAGCGAUCCCCCUGCGGGAGCGGAGGUCUCAAUGGAAGGCAGCGCAUCUGUGAGGACAACAAGGAGCAGAAGUAAAGUAAAUUCCCAUGUGAAUGUCAUUCCUGAAUAUCAUCUUGAGAAAAUGGAGAAAACUGAAACAAAAUUGGAUGUGGAAGAGCCUCUUACUCUGAGUAAGAGUAAAGCUGUGCAUUUAGCAGACCCAGUUGCUGAAUUGCAAGCUGAUGGGGAGAUCUCUGAAGCAGAAUCAAAUUGUUCCUCCUUGUCUGGUCUUCAGACAUCUUCGUUUAUAAGAAUAACAAGAAGGCGGCAAAUUGUAGUUCCUUGUCAGCCGGAGAUUCCAGCGAAAAGCAGGCAGAGCAAGAAAGCUCUUCCGAAUGAAGGAAGCAAAUGUCAAGAUGAUGACGACAUAUCUGAAGCAGAAUCAUGUUCUUCCACUGUUUCGGGAAUGAGGACUCAUAGUGUUACGAGAAGGACUAGAAGUCGGCAAGUCAAGACCAAUGUAGCACCAGUGUGUGAAUCCCAAACUGAAGAGGUCUCUGACACAGAAUCAUGGUGCUCGGGUAUUUCCUCAGAACCAUCUGUUCCGUUUCAACGAAUGACAAGGAGCAUGCGACUGAAGUUGAAAGCAGAAACGUCACAGCCGGAAAGAAAAAGUGAAGUGGUACCGGACGAUGCAGACUUGCCUGAAUGUGCAGCUCUGUCUCAGACAAUAGUAAUCUCUGACUCUGAACAACCCACGAAAUCUGAUUUAGAUGCAGAACAAGCAUCCAAUCUCUCACCUAAUCGCAUAAAUAAGCAGCUGAGCCCCUGUAAAACAAAGUGCCAUUCCGAAUCUGUUGUCGGUAAUGAUCUAAAACAGAUUUCCUCAAGCAGCCCUAAAAAAAUGGCGAGGGAAUGUGUCAAAAAGUCACCUGAGAAAGAGAGGCUGAAAGAUAACGAUUAUGAAUCUGUGGGUAGCACAGAGCUAAAGGCAGGAAGGGACAAAGUUGUAAGAGAAUCGGAUACAAAACAAAUAUCAGCUGAUGUAUAUGAAAUUGUGGAAAGCCCAGAGGUAGUGUGUAAUCAAACCUUAGAAAAAUCCAUAAAAGUAACGGAAAACCAGUCACCUAUAAAGACUACAGACAUGUGUCACCCUGAUCAAUCUAAUAUAUCCCCAACACACACAACUCCUAGUAAAAUUAAAAGUAAUGUGGAAUCCCAGAAGUUGGGUACCAGAAAAGUUAAACAAGGCUGUUUGCAUCAUGUAGAAGAGACAAUAGAUGAGCCAUCUGAAGUAGGUGGCCCACAAACUGAUACUAUCCCAUCACAAACUGUUGAAAGCAGUGAUGAUGAGGGCAGGGUUUCUGUUGUGAGUAUAAACAGUGAUGAAAGUCCAGAGGAGCCAGUGGCUGAAUCUUCUUCAAGUGCAACCAAAACAACAGGACGUGACAAAUGUUUCACUGUGUCGCUUCUUACAAGCGAUGAGACUGAAGAGUCUGAAAACAGCGAUUUGGAAGAAAUGAAUGAAAAGGAAAUGACUGCUAGCUGUGCAGAUACUGGUAAUCAAAGGGCAUCAACCUUGACUGAAUCACAGGGUGAAGAACUGUUUGUCAUUGAUAAAACUCCUGGCCUGGACCCCGGGAAAGCAUAUUAUUUAGAGAAGGAGGAGGACACCAUGGCUGAUGAAGAAAGUGAGGAAUCCUCGGACUUGGAAGAUGAUGAAGAGGAGUUCAUAGAUGAAGCUGAAGAUGUAUUAAAUGCAAAUAAUGAAAUCUUAUCACUUUCAAGCAGCAUUGAUCCCGGUCUGAAUAUUAAACAACUUGGAGGCUUAUAUAUUACUUUUGAUGCAGGAAAGCAGAAGCCUGGAUCUCAAGGAGUUGUGCCGCUAAAGGAGAAAAAGAAAGAUGAGCUUUUGCAGAAGAGUAUUAUAACUCCAGAUUUUGAAAAAAAAGAAUGUAUUCCACCCAUAAGAGAAUCAAUCCACCAGUUAAAGAAACAACGCAGGGCAGAGCGAGCGAAAACUACAGGGGAUGGCUGGUUUGGUAUGAAAGCUCCAGAAAUGACGGAUGAAUUAAAAAAUGACCUUAAGGCUUUGAAGAUGAGGACAGCCAUAGAUCCUAAACGAUUUUAUAAAAAGAAUGAUAGAGAAGGUCCCCCCAAAUACUUUCAGGUUGGAACUGUUGUGGAUUCUCCAGCUGACUUCUAUCAUGCUCGAAUUCCCAAGAAAGAAAGGAAGAAAAACAUUGUGGAAGAACUUCUAGCAGAUUCUGAGUUUAGAAGAUAUAAUAAAAGGAAAUACCAAGACAUCAUUGCUGAAAAGGCAGCCCUUGCAGCAGGCAAGAAGAAUCGGAAGAAGAAGAAAUUUCGCAAAUAGAUUUUGAAACAAAGAAGAUUGGACUUAAUUUUUAAUAGUGAAUUUGUGUUUUGCACACAUGCUGGACUGAGCUUGAUCAUGUCAGCAAUAAGAGGACAGGGCUGGCGCUGGCUUUCCAAUAGUAUUUUGGAAGUGAAAAUGAACUUCCAUACUAAGUACUGAUAAAAGUAUACACUAAAGAGCGUGGAACUCAACUUUAGAGGAAAAAUGUAAUCCUGUGCAAAUUAAACCUUCUGAUAAAACUCAAUCUGUGAGAUUUGGCUGUCAUAGAAAUGUGCAAAGUCUCUGUAUACUUUCCCAUUAAAUUUGUUUAAGAAUUCACAA